UCCAAUCUGAUCUAGACUGUGUUAGAUCUAAACUCAACUUCCUCUGUAUCAAGUCUGUCCUUAUAACCUCCUGCCAAGUCUUUCUCGGUCUGCCUCUGGGCUUUGCCCCAGGAACUAUCAAAACUCUACACUUUCUUACCCAAUUAUCCCCCUCCAUUCUUUCCAAGUGCCCCAGCCAAUUUAAUCUUCUUAUCUGGAUAACAUCUUUAAUUUUACGGAUACUUAGCCUGCUUCUUAGCUCAUCUGAUCUCUUUCUGUCUCUCAGACUGGCGUUACACAUCCGCCUAAUUCUCAUAUCAUUCCUUUCUAAAUGGUCAAGAUCUUCCUGCUUCACUGCCCAUGUCUCACUACCGAACAACAUAACACUUCUUACACAGGCCUCAUACAACCUACCUUUUAACUCAAUUGACAAGUCUCUGCUAGUCAACAAAAGAAGUAACUCUAUAAACUUUUUCCAAGCAGAACCUAUCCUAUAAACCUAUACAUUUAAUUAUAUUCCAGAGCUUUUAAAAAACUGUAACGAAAAGUAUAAACAACAUGGCACAAUUUCUUGGUCAGGUCAUUGGUACAAAAAUGAAUAAAACAGUGAAAGUUUGUGUCACCAGCUUAAGGCUUCAUCCAGAGAUAUUGAAGUAUUGGAAUCACAAGAAAGUCUAUUUUGCACAUGAUGAAAACAAUGACUGCAGAGAAGGUGACUACGUACUCAUUAAAGAAGGUCGUAAAUUAACCAAAAAAAAGUGGUUUACAGUAAUAGAUAUUGUGGAAAAAGCACCACGAAUUUCUGACAGAACAACGCAAGAAGUAUCAAGUUGUAGAAACAGCAGUUGUGGUGGAACUACGUAGCGAUAGGUUAUGGUACAAAAAAUCCAAAGAAUCUUGUAUUGGCAAGAGAUGUGCUUCUAUAGUAGAUAAUUGUUUAUAGUAUUCUUUUAUUGAAAAAAUAUUGAGUAUUUCGAAUGAGUCCAAUUGAAUGACAACGUGGAUAGUAAUUUAUACAUAGUGUAUCUAUGACUAUGACUUAUUUGAUAAAAUUAAGUUAAAAACGUAA